ACGACUUGCUUAAGCUAGUGAUAUGAGAGACAGCAGCAGAGAAAAGUGCAGUAGCUAUGUCAACAAGAGCAACUUUUUUUUUAAAUGGUUUUACGCGAUAGAUUAACGUGUCAAUAAUUUUGAAGAGGAUCUGCAUUUCCAGCAGGCGCCCCUGUGACGAUCACCGUGGAUAACCUUAGUUAUAAACAUGAUCUGGACCAUUUUACUGUCGUAUUUCAUAUCCUCGGUUUUGGGGGAUCAGACAGAAUUGAGGAAACCCUUCUUCCAUGGCCACGUGUUUGAAAACUCGCCACCCGGGUCCAAAUUAAACGGACUAAGCAUUCCUAUUAAAAGAAUCGACCCACAGAAAUGGUGCUCAAAGGUUGGAGGGGUGCACCUGAUACUGCUUGGAGAAGGUAGUGCUGCGUUUCAUAUGUAUUACCAUCACAAGCACGGUCACAUUUUAAUGAAAACCACUAAAAGCUUGGACAGAGAGGUCCAAUCAGAAUAUGUACUACAGCUCGGUAUAUGCUGUCAAAGUUGUUCGUCAAAAGACAGUAUAGUGGCCGCAGUUGCAUUGCUAAAGGUUGAUGUCUUGGACACUAAUGACCACGAACCUACAUUUAAUAAUACCAAUAUUAAAAUUACUCUGGACGACGCCACAGCCUUGAGAUCAGUGGUCUACAAAGUAACCGCAUGGGAUGCAGACACCGGGAAAAAUGCUGAAUUAUUUUACUCUAUCCAGCCUAAAAACGGAAAUUUCUACGUGGUACCCAAAACAGGAGAAGUUUUACUGGUAGAUUCCAUUCUCGGCUUGGCAAGCCCGGUUACAUUUGACGUUUUCGCAAGAGACCACGGCAAACCGGCUCUUACUAGCCCAAAAAUGGAAGUUGAGAUCUUCCCCCGGCGGUGGUCCCUGGCUGCAGCCGAGACCGAAGAUCAUUACCCGGGUUUACUGAAAAAGCGGAGGUCGCUGUUACAGUCAGAGAACCCGGUGGUCAUAACAGUGUCUGAAGACGCCAGCAUGGGUUCUGUUGUGAUUAGUUUGAACCCUGUCCGGUUCAAGUCUGCUACUUUCGAGUUGAUGUACCCUGCUGUCGAGAACCCUCCAGUCACUGUAACCAGAGACACCGGGGACAUCGUGAUCGCCAGACGGCUGGACAGAGAAACCGAGCCCGUGGUAGAGAUUACAGUUAAAAUACAGGAUAAAAGAGGAGAGGACUGGUACCUGAUUCGUGUGGAGCUGAUAGUCACCGAUGUCAAUGACAACGUUCCGGAGUGGGCUAUCAAGCCGUCUCCGUUCCUCACUGUGGUGUCUUCUGGAGCUUCUCCUGGCACCGUGGUCUUCAGGCUCCUCGCUCGAGAUGGGGACGAGGGAAUCAAUGGCGAGGUUGAGUACUUCCUGUCAGACGGAGGCGACGGACGGUUUGAUGUGGACAGGAAGAGUGGCUUGAUUAAAACCACGGGCCUUCCCCUGCUAAAAGACAAGGAGUACCUGCUGAACGUGUUUGCUGCAGACAAGCUGGGUAACAGGGGGCAGUCGGCAGUGGUAUCUGUUAUAGCAGGACCCCGGGCUCCUCAGUUUACCAACACUUCCUAUUCCAUCUCUAUCCCUGAAAACACUCCUGAGGGACAGCCGUUCCUGGUAGUGACAGCCAAGUCCUUCCAGGAGAAAGCUCUCAUCUACAGCCUCCUCAUCAACCCCAGCAGCCUGUUCAGCAUCCAGAAGGAGACGGGGGAGAUCAGACUGACGCAGAGCAUCGACUUUGAGAACGACCAACACCGUUACCUGCUGCUUGUGAGGGCUACAGAGAGCCAGGACCAGCUGAGCAGUGCAGCUGAGGUCCUAGUUAUGAUCAUGGACGAGAAUGACUGCAUCCCAGAAUUCCUGCAGUCAAUCUACAGCAAAGAAAGCGUCCUGGAGACUGUAACCACGGCAACAUCACUACUUCAGGUGUCAGCCAAUGACUGCGACUCAGGGCUGAACGCUGAGAUCUCCUACUACACGCUGAGCCCUGAUUUCACUGUCUCCGCUCACGGCACCAUCUUCCCAGCCAGGCAGCUGGACUAUGAGAGGCCCAAUCACUUGUAUGAGUUUGUCAUCAUGGCGGUGGACAAGGGGGAUCCCCCCCGGACGGGGACAGCCACCGUCAGGAUACGCAUGUCCAACGUUAACGACGAACCCCCAGAGUUCUCGCAGACCAUCUAUCGAACGUUUGUCUCCGAGGAUGCAGGGCCCAACACUCUGGUCGCGACGGUGCAGGCGAAAGACCCCGACGGAGACGGGCUCACCUACAAGAUCACCACAGGGAACGAGGAAGGAAACUUUGUUAUCGACAGCCAGAAAGGAUUAAUCCGGCUCCGGUCCAGCCCUCCCCCAAGCCUUCAGGGCAUUGAGUACGUUCUUAAUGUCACGGCAACGGAUGACAACGCAUCAGGCGGCCCACACCCCCUUUUCAGCAUGGCCCAGGUGAUUGUGGGAAUUGAUGAUGUCAACAACAACAAACCUAUGUUUGAUAAGUGUCAGAAUUACCGGGAGCACGCCUCUGUGUUGGAGAACCAGCCCGCGGGAACCUUGGUCCUGCAGGUCCAUGCUGAUGAUGCAGACGAAGGUGCCAAUGGGAAGGUCACUUAUGGAUUCAUGCAUAAAGACGGCACGGUGCCAGCUUUCCGCAUCCACUCAGAGACAGGAGUGAUCGUCACCACAAGGAAGUUUGACCGCGAGCAGCAGAGAGAGUAUGCCGUCACCGUCACGGCAACUGACAAGGCCACAGAGCCUCUCAUUGGAAUCUGCCAGCUCAACAUCCUCAUCCUGGAUGAAAACGACAACGACCCCAAGUUUGAAAACCUGCAUUAUGAGUAUUUUCUGAGAGAGGACACUAUGAUGGGAACCAGUUUCCUGCGUGUUGCCGCUCACGAUGAUGAUUACGGCACCAACGCUGUCAUCACUUACUCCAUGUCAGGGGAGCAGCCAGAGUACCUCCGGGUCAGUCCUGUCACCGGCUGGGUGUACGUGAACGAGCCCAUAUCCCAGAGGUCCUACAUCACUCGUGAAAUCAUAGCAACAGAUGGUGGGAACAGGAGCAGUGCGGUGGAGCUGGCUGUAACUAUCACUAACGUGAAGAAUCAGCCCCCUCAGUGGGAGAAAGAAAACUAUGAGGUCGUCAUUCCAGAGAACACCAUGAGAGACACGCCUAUUGUGACUAUAAAAGCCAUAUCACCUCUGGGUGACCCGAGGGUGACCUACAACCUGCAAGACGGACUCGUUCCUGAGACCAACAAGCCAGUGCGUUUCUACCUGACCCCUAACCGCGAGGACGGCUCAGCCUCCAUACUGGUAGCCGAGCCGCUGGACUAUGAGAUCACCAGGAAGUUCAUGUUGAGGGUGCGGGCGCAGAACAUGGCGGCUGUUCCUCUGGCAGCUUUCACCACCGUUUACAUCAACAUCACAGAUGUGAACGACAACGUUCCCUUUUUUACCUCUUCGAUUUAUGAGGCUACAGUCACAGAAGGAGCUGAAUUAGGGACCUUUGUUCUUCAAGUAUCUGCCGAUGACCUUGACUUGGGCCUCAAUGGAAAAAUUUCCUAUUCCCUGUUAAAAGACCGGAGUGGAGACCAUCAAUUUUUCAGAAUCGACCCCGAGACAGGUGCAAUCUACACGGAAGCAGUUUUUGACCGGGAGAUGAAGGGAUCCUAUCUCCUGGAGGUGAAGUCUAUGGAUGGCUGGGAGUCAGCCAGACCAGGAAAACAUGGGAAGGCUAAUUCAGACACGGCAUAUGUGCGCAUUUUUAUCAGUGAUGUGAAUGAUAACAAGCCCAUCUUUGCUCAAAGUGUCUAUGAAGUAAAUGUAGAUGAGGACACAGACGUCGGCUUCGUUGUUAUCACUGUCAGCGCUAAUGAUGAAGAUGAAGGCGCCAAUGCCAAAUUGAGGUACCAGGUUACGUCUGGGAACACUGGAGGAGUGUUCGAUGUGGAGCCGGAGGUCGGUGCUGUCUUCCUUUCUCAAACCCUGGACUAUGAGCAGGUCAAGAGGUACAGACUUCACCUGCUGGCUUCAGAUGGCAAAUGGGAGGACUACGCCGUUGUCAUCAUCAAUGUCAUCAAUAAGAAUGACGAGGCCCCCAUCUUCUCAAUGAAUGAAUACUACGGGAGUGUGACAGAGGAGCUGGAUGGAUCACCAGUGUUCAUACUGCAGGUGACUGCAAUUGACCCUGACAAGGAUGCAGACCAGGGUGCCCUGAGAUACUCCCUGCAUGGACAAGGAGCGGAAAGCGAAUUUAUAAUCAACGAGGUGACUGGAAAAAUCUAUUCGCAAAAGACACUCAAUCGGGAGGAACGGGCAGUCUGGCGGUUUGUCGUGCUGGCGACUGAUGAGGGGGGAGAGGGGCUGACAGGAUUCACAGACGUGAUCAUUAACGUGUGGGACAUUAACGAUAACGCUCCCGUUUUCACCUGCAUGCCGGACAACUGCAAUGGGAAUGUGCUGGAGAACUCUCCGGUGGACACUUCCGUCAUGGAGAUGACAGCUACCGAUCUGGAUGAUACGACCGUGGGUCAUAAUGCCGUGUUGACUUAUAGAAUUGUUGGGAAUGCAAAGAAUGACAUUCAUUUUGACUUGUUCAGCAUUAAUCCUACAACUGGAACAAUCUUUGUAGCAAUGGGGGCUUUGGAUAGAGAAAAGAUGGACAAGUACUUUUUUGUUGUGGAAGCGAAAGAUGGGGGAGGCAUGACAGGAACUGGCACUGCAACUAUCUGGGUGACGGAUGUUAAUGACCAUGCGCCGAAGUUCACCCAACAUUCCAGCAGCGCAAGAAUCUCUGAGAACAGUGACCUGAACUCGGCAGUGCUGGAGGUUUCUGCAACAGAUGCGGAUAUAGGUGAGAAUGCCCAACUGACUUUCAGUAUCAUCGCUGGAGACCCAGAGCAGAAGUUCUACAUUGAGAACCACAAAAAGGAACAACAUGGGACGAUAAGACUAAAGAAGAAACUAGACUAUGAGAAAUUAAAUGAGCAGCGGUUUAAUCUUACCAUUAAAGUGGAAGACCUGGAUUUUUCCAGCGUUGCUCAUUGCAUAGUAGAGGUUGAGGAUUACAAUGACCAUGUUCCAGUUUUCAUUCCCCAAUUCUAUCAGCUCAACCCUUUACCAGAAAAUGCCCAGAUCGGUACCAGUAUUACCAAGAUGACAGCCACUGAUACAGAUUCUGGUCCAAAUGGACAAAUCACUUACAGUAUUCUUGCAGAAUCAGACCCCUACGGGCAGUUUGCUGUUUACCAAGAUGGACAUGUCACGGUUGCAAAAAGUCUGGAUCGUGAAACGGUUGCACAGCAUUAUCUUAUUCUACUGGCCACAGAUCAGGGAAAUCCUGCCCAAACAGGAAGUGCCACAGUGCAGUUGCCCCUGAUUGACGUUAAUGACAACGGACCAGAGUUCGAAGCCGCCUACAUGCCUGUGGUUUGGGAAAACAUCCCGGGGCCUCAGAUUGUUCGAAUGAACCAGACCUCUUUUCUUCUUCACGCGGUUGAUAGAGAUAUCGCUGAAAAUGGCUCGCCCUUUUCAUUUAGCUUGCCUCAGGAGUUUCGAAACAGUACAGACUUUAUCCUGAGGGACAAUGGCAAUAACACAGCCACUAUCACAGCACUGAGGCAAUUUGACAGGGAGGAACAGAAAGAGUUUUAUCUUCCCAUCAUCAUGAAAGACAGUGGGCAUCCUUCAAAGAGUGCUACCAACACUCUGACCAUCACCAUAGGAGACGAAAAUGAUCACCCCCAUGAGCCGGGACACAAGGAAAUCUACAUCAACAACCACAGAGGGAGAAUGUCGACAACUGUUCUGGGUAAGGUUUACUCUCCAGAUCCAGAUGACUGGGACAACAAAACCUAUACCUCUGAGGGACAUGUACCGAAGUACUUCAUUUUGAACAAAAGGACUGGCUUUCUUAUAAUCAAAGAAAAUGCCCCUCAGGGUAGUUAUGAGUUUAAGGUCAGGGUAUCGGAUGGACUCUGGCCCGAUGCUGUAUCGAGUGUAAAAGUCCAUGUCAAAGAGCUCCGAGACGAAGCAAUUUACAACUCUGGCUCCAUACGUCUCUCAGAUAUCACGGCAGAGGAGUUUGUUCAGAAAGGGGAAGAUGACAAGAGCAGGUACGAGACUUUCGAGGAGUUUCUGGCAGAGAUCUUCCCUGCUCCCCCAGACAACAUCAACGUGUUCAGUGUGAUGAACGUGAAAGACAGGAGGACUGACGUGAGGUUCUCUGUGCAUGGCUCCUCAUACUUCAGACCAGAAAAACUGCACGGAUACGUUGCAGCCUACAAACAGGAGCUGCAGUCGGUUCUCCAGUUGAAUGUGACCCAGGUCCAUGUUGAUGAGUGUGUACAGACUGACUGCAGAGACAGCGCUGGCUGCUCCAAUCACCUGACGGUUAGCGACACGCCCACAGUGGUGGAUUCUGGGAACAUGUCCCUAGUCUCUCUGACAGUGGGAGUCGAUGCGGUAUGCACCUGUAGCAGCCGAGAGCAUCUCCACCAAUCGUGUUCCUCUUACCCAAGAAACCCCUGUCACAAUGGCGGCAUAUGCAUGGGCAGCCAAAAUGGAUACAGGUGUCAGUGUCCUCCUCAAUUUGAAGGCCCUGACUGCCAGCAGACCAAACACGGUUUCCAUGGCAAUGGCUAUGCUUGGUUUCCCCCCUUAAGGCCUUGUUUUGAGAGUCACCUCUCUUUGGAGUUUAUCACUGAGGUUGCAGAUGGGCUGCUUCUUUACAGCGGGCCUGUGGCAGAGCCUGGGUUGUGGGACCCUGAAGACUUCAUUGCAAUAGAGCUCAUAAACGGUACUCCAACGCUGAAAGUCAACCAUGGCUCAGGCACACUGGUGCUAAAGCUGCCGAGUCAUGUUAACACAGCUGACAGAAGGUGGCAUCGAUUGGAUGUGAGAGGCAACAGCAAGGAAGUGCGCUUCACUCUGGACCACUGCAGCAGUGGUGAAGUCACAGAGAUCGAGGGUCUGGGAAACUGGCUGUCUUCAGAGGACCACUCCAACUGUGAGGUCACAGGGGAAACUCCUAAUCACGACAGGCACCUCAAUGUGAACCAGGUGCUGCAGCUGGGUGGGGUUAAAGAGGCUCUCCCAUACAGCUACCCUCAGCUACAGCACAAGCACUUCACUGGGUGCAUCCGGAACCUCAUCAUGGACAGCAAGUUCUAUGACCUUGGGUCUCCAGCCGAGUCAUUGAACAGCUCCCCGGGCUGUGUGGUGACCGAUGGCAACUGUGUUAGCAUGGGCUACCCGUCCUGCGGACAGCAAGGGAGGUGCCAAGGGGAGUGGGGCUCCUUCAGCUGCCAGUGUCUGCCAGGGUUCAGCGGGCACCAGUGUGAAAAAGUGACCCCUGAGUACUCGCUAGAUGGCAGGAGCUACAUCCAGUACCAGCUGGCUGCCUCGCUGCCUGCCAGGAAGACCCAGUUGCAAGUCUUGAUCCGGACCCGCAAACACAGCAGUGUCAUCAUGAGCAUGGCCUCAAAAGAGCGAGCCGAGUAUGUCAGACUGGAAGUGUUCGAGGGGCUGUUGUCAGUGUUCUACAAUCUCGGAGAUGGAGACUACAGCAUGAAGCUGCCAUCCUACCGGGUUGACAAUGGGGAGUGGAAUAUGGUGCACCUGGAUCGCCAUGACAACGAGUUUACCCUGCGUCUGAAUGGAGGAGUGGGGCGGAGGGAGCUCAGCUCAGCUCUGGGAACAAGCCGAGAGAUUGUCAUCGACCCUAGUACAGUGGUGGUCGGUAAUGGCUUCCCCACCAGUGACAACAAGAGCUUUCAAGGCUGUAUGCGGGAUCUCCGGCUGAAUAACCGCUACGUGCCUCUGGACUCCAAGAGGACGGAGCUGGCGUCCAUCGUGAGCGCUCAGGGAGUCAGUUUGGGGUGCUCCUCUGACGCCUGUAAGAAGAACAAGUGCAGCCCCCCCUUUGUCUGUGUAGACCUCUGGAGGAUGCACGACUGCAGAUGCCCUACUGGCCACAUACUGAUGGAGAACUCCACUGGCAAAUUCUGUGUCUUCACCUUGUGUGCCAACCGGCCGUGCCACCAUGGUACCUGCAUCGCCCAGUUCCCGUCGAAAUUCAGCUGCCACUGCCCAGAGGGCUACACAGGCCGGCACUGCGAAAUCACGCUGGCUAUAUACCAUGAUGAUGUGGGGCUCAGUUUCAGCUCCAUGUUCGCAAUCUGCAUUUGCUUUCUGGCGCUCUUAGUGCUCCUAUUGGGUAUUUUUCUAUGGACCCGCUGGAGGAGUUAUAAAGGAUUAAAAGAAGGUGUUUAUCAUGUGGCUGCGCACCGUGACGGCUGGGAGGGCACACGUGAGAAUGUGCUGAACUAUGACGAGGAAGGGGGAGGGGAGCAAGACCAGAAUGCCUAUAAUAUGGCUGAACUGCAGAAGUCUCUCCAUCCCAGCCCUGUGCAGUCCGCCUACGCCAAACCUGGAGGGACCCACCAUCAUCACAACAAUGCCCCCCUGCGGAAGGACGUCCCACCACCCAGGGGCCAGAAUCGUGGUCUCUUCAACUCCUCCAGGAAGAGCCUGUCCUUCUCCAGCCAGGACCUGGCUCGCUACCUUUGUGACAUCAUCAGGGACGCAGACCAGCAGCAGGAGAGCCCGCCCUUCGACUCGCUGCAGGUCUACUCCACAGAGGGGGGCGGAUCGCUGGCCGGGAGCCUCAGCUCAUUCAGCUCCGCCGGCAUGGAAGAGGACAAGGGCUAUGACUAUCUCAAGGAGUGGGGGCCCAGAUUCGAGAAGCUCAAAGCACUGUACGAAAGAGCUGAGGCCAGCGAUAUCUGAAGUCUUCACAGGGAAAGACCACAGCAGACAAUAUGCCGAAGGAACUUCAAAAGCAGAGGAGGGCAAAGAGUGGCUCAAAAGUAAAUCUCCCAAGUACUGCAAUUUAUGAAAAGAGCAGAGUUGGGUCAAUCCCAAUGAUGUUUCAAAGACAGAUGACACAGUUCAGUUCAUAAGUAAAUCUCUGAAUAAUUCAAGUACUUUUAAAACUUAAUUGGUUCAUACCAUAUAGAAUGGCUGGAAACACAAAGACAAAUGAACUGAAACUGAAAAUACUUCAGUUCAUGGUGAUUAUGAUGCUGAUGAUAUACUUCAGUUUAUAGGGAUGGCCUGUAAGUGGUCUUAAUGCUCUGUGUGGAGAAGCUAGUAUACUGUUUAUAUUUGGCUACAUUCAGUGUGUAUAUCAGCACAAUGUUCUCUGAGUUUUGUGUGCCACCAGUGGUAAAUCUAAUUUCAGAAAUCGAUAACUUUACUACAUGCUGUACAGUGAGCUCAGCUUUUAAUGCAGAGGAUAUAAACCACAAAACUCACAAUAUGUAUUGACCUCAUUUGUACAUUGCAGUAACAGUCUGUGAAGUAUUACAUGCUACCAAUACAGUGUCAGUGAGUGAGUGCAUCCAAGAAAUUAGACUUUCUCAAAAUGACCUUCUGCUAAACAAAAAGGAAAUCUAGGGGUCAGUUAUUGGUAUUUGUUUCAGUAUGUGAAGUGAAUAUUUGAUGCCAGUUUGAUGCCGGUAUUCGUUAUUUAAUAUUUUUGUUUACCCUGUUUAUCUUGUCUUUGGAAAUAUACAGAAUCGUGAUUGUUUUUUUUGUUUUUUUUGUUAAAAUGUAUUUAAAAUAAAUAUCUCCAAAUGUUAUUUGUAAGUAUUAAAGACUCUUUUUG